CAUUCUUUCCUUCCUUUUUUUUUGAUAAAAAAAAAGAAAAAAUAUUAUUACAAAAAUAAAUAAAAAUUGAUAAAAUGAAAAUACGUGGUAUUUUUCUCGCGGCUAGUAUUUUAACUUUAUCAAUUAUCACUUCAGCUGAAGUAUAUUUAAAAGAAACGUUUUCUGAUGCAGAUUGGGAAAAGCGCUGGAUACAAUCACAACAUCGAGAUGAUCUUGGAAAAUUUACGGUAUCUUCAGGAAAUUUUUAUGCGGAUGAAAUAGAAUCUCGUGGAUUAAAAACAUCUCAAGAUGCCAAAUUUUAUGCAAUUUCGACUAAAUUAAAUAAAGAAUUUAAUAAUACUAAUAAUGAUCUUAUCGUUCAAUUUUCGGUUAAACAUGAGCAAAAUAUUGAUUGUGGCGGUGGUUAUGUUAAGCUUUUACCACCCGACUUUGAUGCUCUUAGUUUCAGAGGAGACUCUCCAUAUAAUAUCAUGUUUGGACCUGAUAUUUGCGGAUCAGUCAGAGUAGUGCACCUCAUUAUAAACUAUAAAAAUAAUAAUAAAAAACUUACGAAACAAAUCACUGCGCCUUCUGAUCAAUUAACACAUUUAUAUACCUUAAUAAUAAAAUCUGAUCAAACUUACACAGUAUUGAUUGAUAAUAAAGAAGAAGCAUCUGGAAAAAUGGAAGUAGAUUUUAAUUUACUUCCUCCAAAGGAAAUUCAUGAUGCAGAGGCAGAAAAACCCGCUGAUUGGGACGAAGAACCACUAAUUCCAGACCCUGAUGAUGAAAAACCAGAUGAUUGGGUAGAUGUACCAAGAACAAUUCCUGAUCCUAAAGCCGAAAAACCAGAUGACUGGGAUGAUGAAUCGGAUGGAGAUUGGGAACCACCACAUAUAUCAAAUCCAGAAUUUAAAGGAGAAUGGGAACCAAAAAUGAUAGAAAAUCCAAAAUAUAACGGAACAUGGUAUACACCAGUUAUACCAAAUCCUGAUUAUAAAGAAGAUAAAACACUUCACGUAUUUAAUACUUUAUAUGUUGGUUUUGAUUUAUGGCAAGUUAAAAGUGGUACAAUAUUUGACAAUAUUUUAAUUACUGACGAAAUUGAAGUGGCUAAAAAAUUUUCAAAUGAAACUUUUGUGAAAUAUCGUGAUGCUGAAUUAGAAGCCAAAAGAAAAUUAGAUGAUUUAGAAACUGGAAAGACAAAAUCAGAAAGCGAGAAAACAGAUAAGGAAGAUAAUCUUGAGGAAGAUAGUGAAAAUGAUGAAAAUGAUGACAUUGUCGACUUAGAUGUUGAAAUUGGUCCAGGUGGUCAAGUUAAAGUAACAAAGCCUGAUGAUUUGCCACCAGCACAAGAUAAUAAAUCAAUUCAAGAAUCUACUACAACAUCGGAAUCGUCGCCUUCACCUUCUUCAACGAAGGAUGAAAACGAUGAACUUGAUAAGUCUUUCAAUGAAUUUGAAGAAGAAAUAGGAAUACAUCGAAAAGAUGAAUUAUAACCAUAUCGGUUUUCUUAAUUUAUUUUUAAUGAAUUUUUGAUAAAAAUUGUCAUUGCAAAUCUUUAAUUGUAGCCUUAUUAAUAAAUUUAACUUGGUUUAAAAAAAAGAAUUAGUUAUAAAAAAGAAUUUUAUUCGUGCAAUUAAUUACAGUAGCUAUGUACUUUAGCAAAGCUCUUUCCCUUGCAGACUAUUUUUCCCUUGCAGACUAAUCAUUAUUCUCCUCUAUAAGAAUUAAGAUUAAUUGUUUCUUGAUAUAUAAUUUAAACAAAAUUAAAUUUUUAGAUGAUGUAAUUUUUUUUUUUUUUUU